AACACCACUGACUAACAUUCAUUAUUAAUUAUUAUUCUUUAAUAAAAUUUAAUUAAAUUCCAUAGAUAAAGAUGUAGUUAAAAUUAACGCUAGCUGUAAAAUAGUGUAAUUUCAUUCUAAAUUUAUAUUACUUUCACAAGUAUUAAUUUCCAUUUUAUUAUUAAUUUUAUUGACAUAAUUUGUUCUAUUUGAUAUAUACUUAUAGGUAUACUUCGUUAAUUGAUAAUUUUAGUUAAUUUGGAUUCAUGGAUUUCAAAUUUAAAGUUCUAAACUGUAAUUUAUUAUGAUUUUUAGUUUUUUUUUUAAAUAUUCUCUAAGUAAGAGUUUGUUAGGUAUUUGUUAGUUUCUCAAAUAAUCAUUUGUAGUUAGGUAAAUUAUGGUUAUAUAUCAGAUUCUAAUUGUUCAGGUUUUAAGUUAGCAUCCUUCAACUAUGGACCAUUUAAUGCCACCUUCAUUUCAUAACCAUUUAAAGAAUUUUGUUGUAGCUGCCAAACAAUAUUCAUAUUGCCACGAUGAAUCAUCUUUUAAUGGAGUUCUCUGUUCAUUACAGAUCCUCGGACAACAAGAAUUUGUUUUUAAUUCUAAAGAUACAUUAAGACAUGAGUUUUUUAUUAACUUAUAUGAACUGAUGAGGAAUAUUAAUGAUGAUUCUGAGAUUAUGUGGGCUGCUGUUAAUUUAUUGCAAUCUAUUGUAAAACAAGGAUUUUUUCAAAACACAAUACUAAAUAAUAAUGAAUUUACACUAAUUCUAACAAGAUUACUAAAAGAUGAAUUAUCAUUAGAUAAAAAAAUUAAAAUACUCAAACUACUUCAGGAAUUGACAUAUAGAAUGAAAAUACAAUGGCAGGAAGGCCAUUCAUCUGAACUAAUAAGUCUGUUGGUAAAAUGGAUUUCAACUGAAGACAAAGAUCUUAUAUCAUUUAGUCUAGGGGUUUUAGUAAAUGUGUGUUGUAAAAACAAAUUUGCCAUGUUUACUCUUGUGAAAUGUACACAUUCUAAAUCCUUCAUGCGUCUACUUUUAAAAUUACAAUCUGAUGAUAUAUUCAUCAAAGUUCAAGUGUAUAAAUUAUUAUUAGUUUUAGAACAAGUAUCUGGUCAGAUACCUGAUGUUGAUGUUAACAAUUUAAUUGAUGUAACAUUUGUUGUUUUGGAAGAAGGUCUUAAACUAAAAAAUGUGUUUGUUCUACGCCACGCAGUAGACUUUUUUAUUGAUAUAAGUGAACAUUCACGUUGGAAAAAUUCCGUUUUAGAAUAUAAUGGCUAUAAAACAAAUUUAAUUAACAUAUUGGAAUCUACAAACAAUUUUAAGCACAUUGAGAAGUCUCAAAACAAUUAUCACAUUACAUUACAAAGUGUAGACUUAGUUUUACAAUUUGUUCAUCAUGUUAUUCAAUUCAAAAAUGAAGAUUUAAUAAUAUUAUAUCCUAAAAUUAUAAUGUACAUUUUGCAUUGGACUCAAUUUUCAAAUCUUCAAAAACAAGCAAUGUCAAUUUUACAAACAAUAAUUAUUAAUGUAAGAAGUUAUGAAAGUUAUAUGGAUCAAACCCUCAAAUGUGAUGUUCAUGAAAAUCUGGAAAAGAGUUUAAAUGUAUUGCUAAUUGUUUUAUUCGAGCCGAAUACAAAUGUAGAAUAUGAUUCAAUUACAUGUACAUGGAAUAAAUAUGCAAUAUGCUUGAGACUUCUUCAAGAAAUGUUAAAGAUGAAAAAUCUAUAUAAAAUAAUUGAAGAAAAACUUCAUAUUUCCUCUCUUCAGUCUUUAUUUCAUUCUCUGAUAUUGGUUGAUAUUAAAAAUUUAAAUAAUUUACAAAAUAUCACAAAUGUUUACAUUGAAGCACUGUGUUUUCUAUCUGAAUUACUGGCUAAAAAUCCUAUGUGGAUGUCUUUAUAUUCUGAAAUAUUGAAUCAGAAACAUGUUUAUCAUGUACUAGCAUUUAUAAUUUAUAAAGGUUCAAAAAAUAUGAAACAAAAAGUAUUAGAUCUCAUAACUAAAUUUUCACAACAAAGUACUUUAAUGUUAUCCGAUUGCUUGGAAGAAAUUGAACAAUUAUCUUCAGCUAAAGUAAAAAAUGCGACAACUAUAAAUUCAGAUGAGACUGAAAUAAAGCCAUUAUGUUCAUUUGCUCAAGAAGAACAAUUAAAAGUGUUCAUUGAUAAAUUAGAAAAUAUAUUCAAUUCUAAUGAAAUACUUAAUAUAAAAACAAGUAAUGUUAUUACAUUAUAUCAGUACAAAAUGAAUACAUUAAAACAAGCUGAAGUGUGGUUAAAACAAAGUCUUGAUAAUGCUUCUGAAGAAAUAACACGGUUAAAUUAUAAAUUAGUUUGUUUAAAUAGUGAAUCAGUGCAACUGAAUCAAAUGAUAUUAGAUGUCCAUCAAGAAAUCGAAGAGUUAACAGUAGAAAACAAAGAUCUAAAAAGAAAAUUAAAUAAUAUUACUGAGCAAUUUACUACAACUAGUAAUAACUUUGCAAAACUAUCUCGAAAUUAUGAAUCAAAACGUCAAAUUAUUGAAGAGCAGAAUUCUUCAAUAAAGAACCUUGAAAAACAAUUAGAAGAGCUACGUUUAGAAAGCAAUAAAAUGAAAGAUGAUCUACUGGACCAAUUAAAAAAUGAAAAAACUGAAAAUAAAAUUCAAGUUUCAAAAUUGGAACAACAAUUAACAGAAAAACAAAGUAUUAUAAUUGAAAAAUCUGAGGAAAUCAACAACAAAAUAUCAUUUAUUAGAAAUCUAGAAAAUAUUGGUUUAGAAAAGGAUAAAGAUAUUAUUGAUUUGCGUAAACAACUUCAAGAACAACAAAGAGUUCGGGAAAUGAUAAGUCAAAUGUUAGCUGCUACAUCCACUAAACCUUAACUAUCAGAUUCGAUUGACUGAUUCAAUUUGUGUUCCUAUUUAAAAUUCCUUGCAAGUAUAAUUUUCUUAUGACUAACAUUUUAUUUAAAAUUCACAAAUAGUUAUGAUUUGAUUAUUUAAUGAAAUUCAUGAAUCUAAAGAUAGCAUGUCUGAUUAUAAAAUUAUAGAGCAUACAAAGGUAUGUAUUAUAUGAAAAAAAUUUAAAUUUUAAAUUUUAAAAAGGGAUGUUUCAUGUAAUUGUAAUAAAUGUUUUUUUUUUUUUUUAAAUACAGUAACAUUUUUUAAUAAUUCUCUGAUUACUUCACUUGGAAUAAUGUAGGUACACCAUCAACCACUAAUAAAAACCCAUAUUUGA